CGCACGUUAGCGUCAACCCCGUGCGCAUGCGCACGGAAGGUGGCCUGCUCGUCGUUGCUGCGGCGGCUAAGGAACCCAGUAGUCGCUCGAGCGCCCGCCCGGCCCGUUCUUCACCUCCGGGCCUCUGUCCCCUUGGGUCCAGCGCACCUCGGCCCCGCCCCAGCCCACCGGAUUCUUUCCAGCUCGAUCCCGGCUACCGGUUUCCCCCGCCGCCAUGAUGAUGAUGGCGUUGAGCAAGACCUUCGGGCAGAAGCCCGUCAAGUUCCAGCUGGAGGACGACGGCGAGUUCUACAUGAUCGGCUCCGAGGUGGGAAACUACCUCCGUAUGUUCCGAGGUUCUCUGUACAAGAGAUACCCCUCACUGUGGAGGCGACUAGCCACUGUGGAAGAGAGGAAGAAAAUAGUUGCAUCGUCACAUGGUAAAAAAACAAAACCUAACACUAAGGAUCAUGGAUACACCACCCUCGCCACCAGCGUGACGCUGCUGAAAGCCUCAGAGGUGGAAGAGAUUCUGGAUGGCAACGAUGAGAAGUACAAGGCUGUGUCCAUCAGCACGGAGCCCCCCACCUACCUCAGGGAACAGAAGGCCAAGAGAAACAGCCAGUGGGUACCCACCCUGCCCAACAGCUCACACCAUCUGGACGCUGUGCCAUGUUCCACCACCAUCAACAGGAACCGCAUGGGUCGGGACAAGAAGAGAACCUUCCCCUUGUGCUUUGAUGACCAUGAUCCAGCUGUGAUCCAUGAGAAUGCAUCUCAGCCUGAGGUGCUAGUGCCCAUCCGGUUGGACAUGGAGAUCGAUGGGCAGAAGCUACGUGAUGCCUUUACCUGGAACAUGAAUGAGAAGCUAAUGACCCCUGAGAUGUUUUCAGAAAUCCUCUGUGAUGACCUGGAUUUGAACCCGCUGACUUUUGUGCCAGCUAUUGCCUCCGCCAUUAGGCAGCAGAUUGAGUCCUACCCCACAGACAGCAUCCUGGAGGACCAAUCUGACCAGCGCGUCAUCAUCAAGCUGAACAUCCAUGUGGGAAACAUCUCCCUGGUGGACCAGUUUGAAUGGGACAUGUCAGAGAAGGAGAACUCCCCGGAGAAGUUUGCCCUGAAGCUGUGUUCAGAGCUGGGUUUGGGCGGGGAGUUUGUCACCACCAUUGCAUACAGCAUCCGCGGACAGCUGAGCUGGCACCAGAAGACCUACGCCUUUAGUGAGAACCCACUUCCCACAGUUGAGAUUGCCAUCCGAAAUACUGGAGAUGCUGACCAGUGGUGCCCCCUACUGGAGACAUUGACGGAUGCAGAGAUGGAGAAGAAGAUCCGGGAUCAAGACCGGAACACAAGGCGAAUGAGGCGUCUCGCCAACACUGCCCCGGCUUGGUGAUGAAGUCAUGCUCAACUUCCACGGAGCAUCUCAAAAGACUGCCUUUCCUUCCUCUGUGGUAAGGAGAGAGGCAAAGGGACAGCUGGUACCAUCCUGAGGAAUGGGGUAGGGCCUACCAGGUGCCUUCCUUCAGCACACAUUCCAUUUGCUAAGCUCCAGCACUGUCCCCCAAAGUCUAGUCAGGAAGCAGCCUCUUUUGGGUUGUGUUUUGUUUUUGUAUAGGAGCCUCAGACAGGGCUAGCAACACUUUUUAAAUAAAAAGUAACAAAUUCA